UUCUUAAACUUAUUAAACCUUCUACUCAACAACCUCAACAAGAUCUUGCUCUCUCUCAAGACCAUAAACAACAACAAAAUUCUCUCUUUUCUCAAGAAACCUCUAACCAAACCUUAUCUCAAAAGACUACUAAUACAAAUAAUAAAAGUACUAAAACAAAUAAUACAUACUCACCUUGUAAUACUUCCAAAGACUUAGACUG